AUGCACCGGCGCCGCAUCGCCGCGGAGAAGAGGGAGGAGACGCUCGCGGCGCAGUUGGAGCGUUCGGACGGCCGGUGGUCGUGGCGGCAAGAAAACGCGCGUCGGUGGGCCGUCGUUAAGGAGCGCUGCUACGAGAUCCAGGACCAUCGCUAUUUUAACAACUUCUUCCUCGCGCUGAUUUACGUCAACACCGUGCUCAUGGCGAUCGAGCACCACGGCAUGGACGAGGACCUCGAACGCGGGCUCGCGAUCACGAAUUUCGUCUUCACGUUCUUCUUCACCUUGGAGGUGACGAUCAAGAUGAUCGGCUUGGGCAUCUUCGCGUUCGGGUUUCCAAAGUACAUUCGCGAGCGGACGAACCAGCUCGAUUUCUUCAUCGUCGCGACGACGCUGCUCGAGAUCGCGCUGACGUCCGUGGCGUCGCACAUCGGGUGGGUGCGGUCGCUCCGCGUGCUCCGCGCGAUACGACCGCUGCGGGCGUUGACGAAAUCGAGCGGCAUGCGGCUCGUGUUGAAGUCCGUCGCGCUGUCCAUAGGCGCGAUGGUAAACGUCUCCGUCGUCGUGUUGAUGUUUUUCGUCGUCUUCGGCAUCCUCGGCGUGCAAGUCUUCGCGGGGCGCUUCUACCGCUGCAACGACCCGGACGUCGCGCACCGUCGCGAGUGCGUCGGCGAGUUCUACGACGUCACGUCGCUCGACGUCGUGCCGCGCGAGUGGAGCAACGCGUACUUGAACUUCGACAACCUGUACCGCGCGUUGAUAUCGCUGUUCGUCGUCUCCACGCUGGACGGGUACGGCCAAAUCAUGUUCGACGCGUUGGACGUCACGGGCGUGGACGAGCAACCGAAGCAGGAUAACAACCCGGCCGCGUUUCUCUUCUUCCUCGCGUUCAUCGUCCUGUGCGCGUUCUCGCUGCUGAACUUGUACGUCGGGGUGAUCUUCUAUCAGUUUUCGCGGAUCCGGAUGCUGUCGCAGACGAGCUCGAUCGACCUCACGGAGGAACAGAAGGAGUGGGCGGAGAUGUGCAAGAGCGUGUUGCGGAUGCAACCGCUGAAAGUGCUGCCGCCGCCGAAGCAACUCUGGCGCAAGCUCCCGUUCUCGAUCAUCUCGCAUCGGUACUUCGACCCGGGGAUCAUGGUCGCGAUCAUCGGGAGCGUCCUCGUCAUGGCGACGUCGCGGCACGACGAGAGCGCGGAGGAGACGGAGGCGAAGGAGAACGUCAACGUCGCGUUCACCGCGGUGUUCAUCGCCGAGUGCGGCUUAAAAAUCGCCGCGAUGGGGUUCCGAGAAUACUGGUCCUCGAACUGGAACAAGUUUGACUUUUUCAUCGUGUGCUCGAGCAUCGUGGACCUGUGCGUCGGGUUCUUGUCCACGUCGUUCGCGCGGCUGAUACGGCUGUUCCGACUCUCGCGCAUGUUCCGGCUCAUAAAAUCCCUCAAAGGGUUAAAAAGCCUGUUCGAGACGUUAAUCGUGUCGCUGCCCGCGUUCUGGAACGUCGGCGCGCUCGUCCUCCUCCUCUUCUUCAUCUACAGCUAUCUCGGCGUGUGGACGUUCGGGAAGACGAUACGCGGCGACUCCCUCAACGAGCACGCCAACUUCGAGACGUUUCAGAUGGCGAUGCUGACGUUAUUCCGCGUCGCGACGAACGACGAGUGGGUCGGCCUCAUGCGUGAUUGCUCCGUGACGCCCGGGUCCUCUCGGUGCACGCUCGCGGACGAGAACUGCGGGUCGUGGAGCGCGUACCCGUUCUUCAUCUCGUUCGUCGUGAUCGUGUCGAUGAUCAUGCUGAACCUGUUCACCGCGGUCAUCAUCGAAAACUUCGAGAACAUGCAGGAUCACGAGGAGUGGAAACUGUCGCCGAACGUGUUGGAAGGGUACGUCGAGUCCUUCCGCGAGUUCGACGACGGCAGCGGGACGAUAUCGGGUUUGGACCUCGAGCGCCUCCUCCGCAAGAUACCGCCGCCGUUGGGUCUCGGGCACGGCACCUCCCGCGUGAUCUCCGUGCACUUCAUAAAGUCGCUGAACGUGCCGCUG